UCGAGCGACGGACUGUCGUGUGAUGUCACUUUUAAGCAACGUCUCGACGUUGUAACUCGAAAAAACUGUCAAUAACCGUUGGCUAUCGUCGAUUCAAGCCACAUUCCCGUUUAAUAAAUAAAAUUAACGAAGAAUGAGUUAAUCUUGAUUAAAGAAAAUGAAUUGUCACCAAAUAUUAAGUGGGGCCUGUAAUGCGGGUGAUCGAUGUUACGCUGUCGGUUCCGUUGAAGGAAUUUCUUUUACUGCAUACGCAGCCGGUUGCAACAUAGUAAUUCUUGCCAGUAAUUUUGAACGAGUUCAAAUAAUCCCUGGAGCUGUACAUAACUAUAUAAGGAUAAGCUGUUUGGAUUGUAGUACCGAUACAGGGAAAAUUGCAGCCGCGUAUGAAAAUCAAGUCUGUAUUUUCGAGCCUACGCCAUUGAUCCAUAACACUUGUUCCCACCAAUUGGAAUACCGAUGGGUUCAAACUGGAAGCCUACAAACAGAGUCCAAUAUCAGUUCGCUGUCAUGGAAUUUGGAAGGAACACGAUUAUUGACCGGCGGAGAACUCUUACAAUUAUGGCAUCAAAAUAUAACGCCGUUUCAGGACGAACACGCCGGUACAGUUACCUUUUCGAUCGGCGGCGAAGCAGAAAGUCCCGCCCCAGGAGAUACGGCUACCGGAAAUGAACCAGGAGCAUGGAAUUGCGUUUGGAAGUGUCGCACAGCCACGCCAGUGCAUCUCAUGAGUUUUAGCCCGGAUGGUACAUUAUUCGCGACAACAGGAUUCAAUGAUAGAUUAGUCAAAAUUUGGUUCGAGAAUAAACAAUUGUUUUCGACAAGAAUGGAUCACACGAAUGUUACGCAAUCUACAGCUAGCGACAGUUACAGUUUUGUUUAUGUCGCUCAUCCUCGUGCGGUAACACAUCUAUCUUGGCGCAAGACCAGCAAAUACAUGCCCAAGGGUUCCGUUUCCAACAUGUUGGUCACAUCUUGCAGAGACAAUAUUUGCCGAGUAUGGGCAGAAACGAUACCGCCGGAGGUUGAAGGACUGGCUAAUAUGAGUCAGUUUGAAGGAUCCGACAGGCAUGGUCAUCACGGGAAACAUCGACAUCAUAGUAUGCAUAAACAUCGAUUCAUGCAGCGACUCAAACACAUGAAAACGUGUUUCCAUAUUCGUCGACACGCAAAACAACAACAUCAAGCAGGACACAACACAGCUCCAACCUUACCAACUUUACCUUCAACGUAUUCGGUACACGAUUUUCAUAAUAAUUACCAAGGUACGGGCCAUUAUCCGGGAAUGCAUUUUCAUUUGGCAGCUAGUAUAAAUGCAGAAACUGAUAUACCGCUAGUACCGAGUUUGAUCACUGGAGAUCCUGAAAGGGAACCAAAUUUUAUUUUACACUGGUUGAAUAAUAAAGAAAUGCACUUUACGAUGCAAGCUGAAAGCAUUUUGCAAGAACUGACGCGUAAAGUGGUAGAGAAGGAAGAAGGAUUGCAUCAGCAAGAGAUGGAUCAUGCGGAACACGAUUCCGAGGAGGAAGGCCUGUCGAAAAAGGGAGUACGAUUGCAACCUGUACAAAAAUCGGGAGGCACAAUUCGAUCGAUGAGCCAAGAAGAUCAUAGCAGCGACGAGCAUCAUACAGCUCAUACAGUUUCGUCGCACCAUAGUUUACCGCACAGUGCGCAUUCGCAUCAAAGCCUUAGUAAUACUACAUCUAUAAAUUCCAUCGCGACGGAUGUAACGUCUUCGAUGAAUCAUGCUCCGGAUUCCUUGGACACCAAGAUCGAAACGUUAUUGCGCGAUUGGCAUCAUAAUCCGGACCUACUCUUCUCCAUUCAUCCUAUAGACGGAAGCUUUUUAAUCUGGCACGUUGAAUGGCUGGACGAAUAUCAUCCAGGAUCGUUCCGACAAGCACAGAUUUCAUUUUCAACUCGAAUUCCGAACGCUUUUCCCCUUGGCGACGCUUCCACGAUGAGUCACAGCGUAUCGAUGUAUUCUCACAAUACCGGCGGUCCGUUGUUAAAUAUUCGCGAAGUGGCAAAAUCAUCGACAAAAUCGUCAAACGACGCUGCCGAAACUGCGACGCCGCUACCAAGCCUGAUCGAACAAGACGAAGAACAGUCGACGUUAACGUCGAGAACGGGCCAGGAAUUAUUAAAAAAUAUUGAAAACUCUGGGAAUCCGAAUCAGAAUGCCGCGGGAAAGGACAGGAAUGGUCAUUUGGAUUGUGGGAAAACGAAUCAAGAAGCGGUAAACGAUUUACUGGCUCAUCCCAGUCCAAUCGUCUCUAUGGUGUCGAAACAUUCGAACGGAACGUUGAACUUGUGGCAACUGACGUUUGCCGACAGAACGAAAUUUUCCCAGGUGUUAAGUAUCGGGCACGCGUCAAGAGCUUCGGGGCAUCGAUUUCGUGUAAACGAUAUCACUUGUCACCCAGUUCUACCUCUAUUGGUGACGACAUCGCAUCACAAUAUAUCGGAAUGUUCCGGAUCUCAGUGUCAGGAGACCGAUUCGAAUGAAAAUUUAAAUAGCAAAUCAGGUUCCGGUAAAGCGUCGUCGAAAGAUAUCUCUUCAACCGGGUUUUGCAGUGAAUUGAUACUUUGGCGCGUAGACCCAGUCGGACCGUUAUCAAAAAGCGGCGGAGUUUCCGAAUUGGCACGUAUCAAUUCUCCCGAGAUCUCAGCGUUCAGCAACGUAGCUUGGAUUCCAACUCUAUUGCCAAGUACUACCUUGGGUAAUUUAUCGAAUUCACCGAGCGCGUGCUUCGUCGCCAGCGACGGCGAGUGUUUGAGAGUUUAUCAAGCUGUUAUCGAUGCUAGAACGUUACUGGCAGAAGUAUCGAGCAGCGAAAGACGAAGCAGAAUGAUGGUAAGUGAUUCAAUGGCGAGUCUUUCGACGGAUAUGUCGUCGGACGAUGGUAUUAGGCAUUCGAUUCACGACAGGAUACAGAUAGUAUCGCAACAAUCGACGGCGAGACCAGGUUGUGUGAUACAAUUGGACGCGAUCGCUGAUGCCACGCAUGACUGGCAAAACACCCAAUUUCUACACGUAUUCCAAGAACAAUUAAUUACCGGAGAUAGAAACGAUGAGAAGCAAACUGGAGUGGAUACGUCGGUGAACGAUUUAGGUUUGAUGGAGUCUACCUUGGACGCGAUGGUUGAUUUGCAGCAAUCCGCGAUAUUCGAAGAACCAUUCUACAUAGUUGUUUUAGAGAGAACGCAACAGGGCACCACGGUACACAUGUGGCGGUUGAUUAUAGCUUCUCAGCCUGAAACUACCGGAUUGUCGGGAUCGAUGCUGUACGUUCCAGAUUCUCAUUUGGUACAAGACGAAGAGGAGGAAGGUGGUACACCUGGACGAUAUAAUCAUCCAGAGGGGGGUAGGAGAUCUCGUAGAGCGAGUCAGACACGUCGCGAUAGUCAAGGCGAGUUUGAUACGUUUUUCCAAAGACGACCUCAAAGUAGCCACGUUCUUAUCACUACCACGAAAGCCUGUACUCAGGAAUUACCGUUACCGGACGGAGUCGAGGUGGUACACGCGGCACCAGCUGCUGGACAUUUGAGCAGCUCUUCCAUCUAUCCUGCUUGUUUCGCACCGUACAUUAUAGUGACAGCGUGCAGCGACAGUACGAUACGUUUCUGGAAAUGCAAAGUAACGAAGGAUCAACCGGACGAUAAGCUUGGUUACGAAUGGUGCGAAUGGGAGAUGAUACGGAAAGAUCAGGAUUCUACGAUCGACAUUACAGGGCAACCGUUGAAUAUAAGCGCAGCGUACAGCGGACGCAUCGCGUGCGCGUACAAGUAUGGAAAAUCAUUCACGCGACCGACGAAAAACGAUCCCGAUUCCCGGUACGUGAACUUGUGCGUCGCUAUAUACGAAUGCGAAAGCACCGGUGGGAGCGAAUGGAUAUUAGAGGAUACGAUACAUUUAAAGAACAUACAUUUGCCAAGAAUCCCGGUGGAUCAGCAUUUAGAUCUAAGCUACCUCUACGAUAGUAGAUUUUUGCAAAAGAAGCAGAGGCUGACUCAAGUGUUGCAAACACUGAGCCACGAAGACGUGAGAUCACCAAGGAACGGAGAAAACGGGGAAAGCGAAUUUGAUGGUAGUUUGCCUGUUACGAUUUCUAAAGGGUUGCUGGCUGUUCCGUCGUUCAGUACUCUUCAAUCUCUGCGUAAAUCGAUCAUAGAGAACGGCAAUACAUGCCCACUGACCCAAAAACAUUUGGUUCAAUUGGACUGGGUGUCGAAGGAGGAUGGCUCGCAUAUUUUGACCGUUGCCGUUGGAUCGAAGAUCAUGCUGUUCACGCCGGUCUGUUCGGAUCUCGCGCAAGCGAAUAUGAAAGCGAUGAAGGAAUCGCAGAGUAACAAUCGACCGAUACUGCGUAAAGCAUCGUCGUUGGCACAACCGCAAUUCGUUGACGAAAUUCGUUGGAUGAAACUGCGAAAAAUCGAACUGACUACGGCGGACGGUUUACCGCCUUUGCCCAUGCAAAUAUCAUGGGUGAGGGAUGGUAUUUUGGUGGUCGGGAUGGAUUCGGAGAUGCACGUUUACUCGCAGUGGAAACCAAAUCCGAAGAAAGAUUGUUUCCACUCGAAUUUGCAGCACCAAGAGUCGGACGAGUUUCAAGCGAGUCGAAAUCUGCGGGACGAGGAUCUGCGAACUUUGGCGCACGAAACGUCGCAAAGGCGGCUGGCGAACGUGUCUUCUAUGCCCCACCUUUCUCGCGUGAGUAGCAUCAAUUUGACGAUGCUCGACGCGAAAAAGAAACGAGGUAUGCAAAAUGAAAAUUUGAAUUUCGACUACAUGCCGGACUACGGUCUGUUCGAGGCCUCGCGAAUCGCCUGUCCCGUUCUGCCUCAAUAUCAUCCGAAGCAACUGAUGGAGUUGCUAAAUUCGGGGAAAAUCCGAUGGGUGAAGGCCAUACUGGCCCAUCUGGUUCGGUGUAUAGGAAGCUCUUGCUCGUUGAGGGCGGACGACGAGAGCCUGAUGAAACAGCGGGGCGGUGGAGGCGGUGGAUGGUCGCGUUCCAGGACAAUGUCGGUGAGUUACGUAGGCGCAACGUCGCCGCUGGAACCGAGAGGUUCGACCACUCAGAUACCAGAAGAGCUCACGUUGGAUUACGCGGAGAUAACCUCGAUAUCCCCGUUGCCGCUUUGGACGUUGUUGAUCGCGGACAAGGAAACGAAUCUGCCGCAUCAGCACAAGACGGAGGACAAACAGGAUUACAACGAACUGUUUGACAGUAAUUUGGACGAAGGCGAGUCGUUGGACGACAUGCUGGAGGAAGAUUACGAUUGCUCCCGGCAAAAGGACAGACGUUCGUCGGUGCCGGAACGCCAAGGAAUAUCUCAUUUCGGCCCGAGGCAAGGAAGAUUGCUCUCGCGAUUGUUGACUCACACCCAUUUGCCCGGUCUAUCGAGCCUCGAUCAAAUGCAUUUGCUCGCUCUGGCCGAUACCGUGUCCACCUGCAACGUUGAUUUUGCCGAACGAUUCGCGAUCGACGCCGCGAAAAACGCGAUCGCGAAAGAAAACUUGACCGGCAUCCCCGACGGUGAAACCGUAUCGACAGAUUCCUUGGACGAUUGCGGGCUACGAUUCUUAUUGGCCAUGAAACAUUACAAUUAUUUGAUUCGUUGCCUGCCGCUGGCACAGAGGGCACAAUUCCAGAAACAAGGUAUAUCCUCGAACAAUCUUGUCUGGGCAUUUCAUUCGGAAUCCGAGGAAGAACUGCUCUGCUUGAUACCCUCGUACGCGAAAGGUCAACCAAAAUGGAGCGUGUUGAAAGAGCUAGGCGUAGGUUGGUGGAUCCGGAGCAACACCGUAUUGAAAAGGUGCGUCGAAAAGAUCGCGAAAGCAGCCUACCAACAGAAACAAGAACCUCUGGACGCUGCGCUUUAUUAUUUAGCGAUGAAGAAGAAAAAUCUCGUUUGGGGGCUGUUUCGAAACAAGAGGGACGACAGAAUGACCAGCUUUUUUGCGAACAACUUUACGGAGGAUCGUUGGAGAAAAGCAGCGUUGAAGAAUGCAUUCGCGUUACUCGGGAAACAGAGGUUCGAGCAUGCCGCUGCCUUUUUCCUAUUAGCGUCCGCGCUCAAAGAUGCCAUCGACGUGUGUUUGAACAAAUUGAACGAUAUCCAGCUAGCGAUGGUGAUCGCUAGACUCUACGAGGACGAUACCGCAUCCCCGCAUAUGAGGCGAUUGCUCUACGAGGAAAUUUUAGGCUACGAUAAAGACGGUCAGAAUCAGGAUAUGAACAAGGUACAUCCGGACCCAUUUUUACGCAGCAUGGCGCUCUGGAUUCUCAAAGAUUAUACCGGAUCGCUCAACACUUUGCUCUUGACGAACGUCGGGACCUUGCAUCCGCAAUAUAACGACGAAUCUGACAAACCCGAAGGCACAACAGCGAAUCCAAAUGUUUUCAACUUUUAUGUUUACCUUCGGACACAUCCGUUGCUGAUCAGACAGUAUAUUGCUUCCACCGCCCUGGAUAGGAAAAAAGGACAUUCGGUAGUGAUAUCCGGCUUCAGUUACGGCACGGAGACCAAAUCACAGCCCGACAAGCAGUUAACUUUGGAAGAUAGCAUCACCCCUUUGGAAAGGCAGCUGUACUUUACGACAGCUCACGCACACUUUAAGGCAGGAUGUCCUGCUCUUGCGCUCGAAGUUCUUUCAAAACUACCCAGCAAAGUAAUGGACACCAAUUGCAAAGAUUCACCCAGUUUAUUAAACAGUCCGAGUAAGGCAAGAACGCAAGAUUAUCAGAUAGACACUGGUAUUAUCGCUUGGGACGACACUGAGAAAACCAACGCCAACCAGGACGAAGGUAUCGUCGACUGGUCCCAACCUAUGACGCGCAUCGUCGAUGAAGAGAUGGUGCUAAACUGGGACGAUGACGCGAAUGAAAACGAUGAUACCGAUAGUCCACCUAUGAGCAUGAAACUAGACAGAAAGGAGUCGAAAUCGUCCGAGAAGGAGGGAGAAAAGAGCACGAAAUUGUCCGGUCAGCUGGACAUUAUGGCGCAACAAUUGAAGUUUGUGGCGUGUUUAAAAAUUCUAAUGGAAGAAUUGUCAACGUUGGCAACGGGUUUCGAAGUAGAUGGAGGACAACUUCGAUACCAACUGUACGUGUGGCUCGAGAGAGAAGUGGACGCUCUUCGACAACUUUGCAAUUACAGUGUAAAUUCGGACGGAGACACAAACAACGUUUCGGAAUGUAAGGAUGAAAAUUAUCCUGGUGAACAGCCAACGUUACACGAAAUAUUAGUAGCCGAGAAAUUAGACUUUGAAGCUAAAGUUCAAAGAGCUGUUCGAAGAAAGAAAUGGUUGAAAGCGAAUGAAACUUUACUGAGAACGUUGUUGUCCUAUUGUUCGUUGCACGGAGCAUCGGGUGGAGGUUUGGCAUCCGUAAGAAUGGAGCUUGUCCUCUUGUUACAAGAAUUGCAACAAGAAAAGACGCAGCAACAGUUACUCAGUCCUCUUCCAUUUCCAACCACGCUUCCUCUUUUAAGCGCUAGCGUAGCGUGCAACAAAACCGUCGUAGCUGAUCCAGUCAGACACUUGCAGUCCCUCGCCCACGAUAUGUUGCAAACGUUGGUAGAAUUGCGUAAGCCACCGAUGCCGACGAGAAACACGCAUUACUGCGAAGUAUUUAUAAUGAGGGAUUUAGCAGUGGCUCUGAGCGCGUGCAUUUAUCAGUCGCUUUGCGAUUCCGACACUUUUGUCACAAAACAUCAACAUCCGGAUAGGUAAGCUAUACAUAUGUAUACGUAUCCAAAUUUUCCAGCGGUUGCAGAAAUAGAAACGUUCUCCGGCGGUCAUCUGGUAGCUUCGAAUCGACAUCACAGAAGAUAUUCGACGGACGAUGGUGUGUGUAUAACCACAACGCCCUCGAAAUGGCCCGGUGUUACGAAUUUGCGUGCAUUAUUGGCUCGCGAGAAGGACGAAGACACGCCGAAAUUGAAUAUUUUGCUGUGCGAAUCUUUCGUGGCCACCUACAUGAGUUUAUUCGUCUACGCCCUAUGGAGCUGCGACAGCCAUAUACUUUACAGGCUCGUAGGUCAACGAUUCGAUAACAGCACUUGGUCUUGUCUCUUUGGAGGCGGAGUAAAGAAAUUACUGCGGGUUGCGAGCACAAGUAGCCAGGUCGGUGGUAGUGGACCAGGGGCUAUAGAAAGGGUCGAGGGUGUUUCGAGCGAAGCGCAAAGUACCGCCGGAGCUGUAUGGACCACGAUGACCUCGUUGACCAAGCAACGCGUAAAACUGAAUAUGAAAUUAUUGGGUCAGUUUACCGGUCAACAGCCAAACAUGAAAGAAGACAAACCCACGUACAGAGAGCAAUUCGUAUCGCCUCAGAUGAGCAUGAUCUCGUAUUUUUUAAUGAAGCCGCACAUAGAUAGCGAGUACGCGGACGAAAUCGAUUACGACUCGUCCGACUCUGCGGUGUCGGAUUUAGAUUCGUCCGAGGACGAGGAAGACGUGUUCGACACAAACUCGAAACCAAAGAACAAACCAAAGGACAAUACGGAGCAUACGAAUCCGAAUUCGUACAGUUGGUGCAUCAUGAGAUUGUCAAUAGUAAAGAUACUGCAACAGCAAUUGCAAGAUUUCUUAAACGUCGCUGGUAUAGAGAUGCAAGAGUUGCCUGUGAGCAGCCCGUUGAUUCACGGAACGCUAGCUGUGGUGGCGCAAUGGCAGGAAACGUUGCGCGAAGAAUUGGACAGCAGGGGACCACCGGCGAUCAAUUACAUUCCUGGAUGUGCACCAGAUACAACGGCCACGCCGGGAAAACCAGCGAUCCACAAAUACCGAUCUUUGAUCGAAAGAGGCAACACACCGUUCAACACGCGGUUAGCGUCGGUAGCUCCAGCCAAUCGACUCUGGUGUUACUUGGUCAGACAAGAAUCGGUACAGGAUAUUUUCAUCAGAGCCGUAUUCGGUAAACGAAAGUCGUUGUCGUCGAUAUUGGAAAGCAAUCAAACCGUGAUCGAUAAUUUGAAUCGUGGAACAAUGGCGGAAGACAAGGGUAGCGACAGUGGAACCACCAGCUUGCCCGAACCUGUACGAAUCAUUCACAAGGAACAAGAUAGCAUCAGUGCGUUUUGUCUGAAUCAGGUAAAUCCAGGUUUGAUGGCGUUAGCUACUCCUCGCGAGGUACAAGAAAUGAAUAUAUCGCUGCUACUCGAGCUCCCAUCUUGGUUGGAAGACGAAUGCGAGUUUGACCUGAUCAAUUUGAACAAACAACCAGAACCCGAACCUGUACAACCAACCAGUUUCUUGGUGAUUCAGACGGCAGCGGAUCGACCAUUGCUCGCUCAAAGUCCACAAACAAACAACAGUCCUCAACCGCAGUCGGGCAUUGCGAGUCAAAACGGAAGAGGAGCUAGCGUGAUUUUGAAGCAUAAAAUCGAUGGUAUAAGAAGAAUUUCGUCGCAUCCACUUUUGCCAUUAUACUUGACCGGUUCUCAAGAUGGCUCGGUAUCGCUUUGGGAAUGGGGACAUAAAACGGCUGUGGCGACUCCCAGACAACCCGGAACCUUUGCAAAAGUGACACGCGUCCGUUUCUCGCAGCAUGGAAAUAAGUUUGGUGUCGCAGAUUCCGAUGGACAUCUCAGUUUAUUUCAAGUGGCCUGUCGAGAAGGAACAGCACGACCGUUCUUCAAUUAUCAGUGUCACAGCAAAGUGACGGCUGAUUUUGUCUUCCUCGGUGCGUGCAGUUUAAUAGCAACUGCAGGUCAUGGUUCCGAAGGACGUAACGUUGCUCUUUGGGAUACUCUGCUUCCGCAAAACAAAUCUUUGAUUCAGGGUUUCACGUGUCACGAGCAAGGAGCCAGCUCUUUGAUACUCGCGCCGCAGCAUCACCUAUUAAUUAGCGGAGGAAAGAAAGGAGACAUUAACAUAUUUGACGUUCGACAACGACAACAACGACACCGCUUUCAGGCUCACGAAUCGGCCAUCAAGUGUUUGGCUCUCGAUCCGCACGAGGAAUUUUUUGUCAGCGGAGCAGGAGACGGUGACAUCAAGAUAUGGGGUCUAACCGUUCAUUCUCUGAUUUAUUCCUUCCCCGGGGAACAUCCACGUUCCAGUUUCUUCAAAAACAUUGGACAAGGUGUGACGCAGUUACACGUAGAUUCCGCAGGACGUUUAUUCUCUUGCGGGGCAGAUGGAUCCAUGAAAGUUCGCCAGUUGCCAGAACGCGAUUGCGUUGUACACACUUUGUAUUAGGGUAACAAAAAUAUGCUAAUCU